AUGGCCGAAGUUGACGAAUCCCUCGCCCUCCGCAACCUCUAUCAUCUCGGAUCACUCCAACAAGUAGUCAACGAUGCAACAAACCCAGCAACAAUGCCCAAAUCCGAAUCAUCUCGCAAGACUCGCCAAGUCCUACUAUAUCGCGCAUAUCUCGCUCAAGGCAAAUUCAAUAUGAUUAUGUCGGAAAUCCCAACAUCAACUACUGAUGUUGAAUUAUUGGCUAUUCGUAUAUAUGCGAAAUUACUGGCUACUGGUGGUGCUGAUCUUCAAGGGAGAGAGGAUGCGAGUAAUAGUAUCAAGGAGUUGGUGUUUGGUGGUGGUGGAGGUGUGAGUGCGACGACGUGCGUGUUGGCUGCCAGUGUCUUGUUUUAUUUGGGAGAGUAUGAGGAAGUGCUGAGGGCUGCUGUGCAGAAUCCUAGACAUCUUGAGAGUGUCGCACUGGCAGUACAAGCAUAUCUGAAACUAGAUAGAUUAGAUCUAGCCAAAAAGGAAGUCGCUGCACUCAAAUCGUGGGCCGAUGAUGCUACUUUGGCUCAAUUGGUGGAAAGUUGGGUGAAUCUCGUUAUUGCUGGUGAACAAAAACAACAAGAAGCAUACUACAUAUUUGAAGAAUUGGCAUCCUCACAUAUGAUUACUGCCAAAUUACUGAAUGGACAAGCUGUUUGUCGGAUGCAUGCUGGCAAGUUUGCUGAUGCAGAGACUCUCUUGCUGGAUGCUCUAAAUAGAAACAACAAUGACCCAGAAGUGUUAGCCAACUUGAUGGUAUGCUCUGUUGCACUUGGUAAACCAUCCGAUGUCGUGUCGAGAUACCUCAACCAACUACGAGACGCAUCACCAAAUCAUCCCUUUGUUUUAGAAUACGCAAGCAAGGAAGCCAUGUUUGAUCGUGCUGCAGGUCGAUUUGCGAUAUAG